AUGGAACUGGAAAACCAGACAGAUGUAAUACAAUUCUUCCUCUUGGGACUCUCAGAGGAUCCAGAAUUUCAGCCCAUUCUGUUUGGACUGUUCCUGUUCAUGUACCUAGUGACAGUUUCUGGGAACUUGCUCAUCAUUCUGGCCAUUAUCUCUGACUCUCACCUCCACACUCCAAUGUACUUCUUACUCUCUAACCUGUCCUUCACUGAUAUCUGCUUCAGCACCACCACUGUCCCUAAGAUGCUGAUAAACCUUCAUAAACAGAGCAAAGCCAUCAGUUAUGCAGGCUGCAUUACUCAGGUCAGCUUUGUCUUACUUUUUGCUGGGAUGGAAAACUUUCUUCUUGCAGCAAUGGCUUAUGACCGUUAUGUGGCCAUCUGCAAUCCCCUUCGCUACACAGCCAUCAUGAAACUCCACUUGUGUUUUCUGAUGAUUUUAUUGUCGUUGUGCAUUAGCAUUGUGGAUGCCCUUCUGCAUGGUUUAAUGAUUCUGAGACUAUCAUUCUGCACAUAUUUUGAAAUCCCUGACUUCUUCUGUGAUCUUGAUCAGGUCAUCAAACUUGCAUGUUCUGACACUUUCGUCAAUAACAUUCUGGUAUAUGCUGUAACUAGUGCAUUAGGUGGUGUGCCCCUAGCAGGGAUUAUUUUCUCUUACUUUAAAAUUAUCUCUUCCAUCCUGAGAAUGACAGCAUCAGGGGGUAGGUAUAAAGCUUUCUCAACAUGUGGGUCUCAUCUGUCAGUUGUUUCCUUGUUCUAUGGGACAGCAUUUGGGUUAUAUAUUAGCUCUGCAUUUACAGACUCCCACAGGAAGACAUCUGUAGCAUCACUGAUGUAUACUGUGCUUCCUCCAAUGCUGAACCCAUUUAUAUACAGUCUGCGGAACAAAGAUAUGCAGAAGGCUUUGAGAAAAAUCAUCUAA